AAGCACUUAUCCGUCUUAGCCUGUUGAUUUAUUAUGCUGUCUACAGAGAUGCUCAGCAGAGUGAUACAUCGAUUCAUCAAAGAUACUGCUGAAAACUAGGAACAGGUCACCAGAAUGGCUUCUAUUGGACAAAUAAUCUUUGGAAGUAUGAUUUUUCUCAUAGUCGUAAUAUCUGGACUCAUCAUUUUCAUAUUGGCUAUUGCAUUUUCAGUGUCCCAAGGUACAGUUGAGAGCAGAAGUCCCUCUACUGUGGGGAACCUUGCGGAGGAUGUGGUCCUGGAUUGCAGGUUCCUUAGCAACAGUGGCAAUGCACAGUUCAGCGAUGUGUCAAUCACUUGGCUGAAAGACUCUCUCAGUGGGGUGGUCUAUGAAUACAAGAAAAAAGCAGCCCAGCUUCAGGGGCAGAACGCACAGUUCCAAAACAGGGUUCAACUGUUCUCAGAUGCUAUAUCAAUGGGCAACGCGUCCCUAAUGCUGAGAAAUGUGAAGCUGGAGGAUGAGGGUGUUUACCGCUGCUCUGUCAAUGCACCAAAAGUCUCAGGGACUACCAGUGUUAACCUCCGAGUGGCUGCUUUCUCAGCUCCCACAUUUAAUCUACAGUCAAAUGGGUCUCUAUCUGCUCAGGCUAACAAAUGGUUUCCCCGACCUGAGGUUAGCUGGUUGAGUCAGAGUGGACAGCUUUUGAACAGCACCCAGAUUAUCAACAAUGCAGGAAUCAUGAAUCAAGUUUUUAGUGUCCUCGAACAACCAGUAAAGGAAGAUGACACCUACACCUUUCUUAUCCAGAACCGUCUUGUGAAAGCUAUCUCAGAGGCAACUGUAUCAGCAAACAGAGUGACUGGGAGGACAUACUUCAUAUUCAGUUCUGCAUCUACAAAAGUGCCAUCCUUACAACUUCUGUUCACAGUCAUCUUUGUUCUCUCUGCAAACCAGUAGAUGCCGUAUCCAGUUUAAAAAAGUUGUAGCCUGCUUCUAAGCAGAAACUAAUGCAAAAGGUAUUUUUAGAUUAAAGCAAGAGAUAGCACGUUAUGGUUUCCAUGCCAUUUACAUGUACUUGCUAUUAUAAUAAUAAUUAAUUAUGCAUAAUGACAUGCAAGUAAUCUUAAAACAAAUCCUUACCCUGACCAUAUAAGUACAUGUAGAUAAUUAAUAUUACUCAUACUUAUAUGUAUAAUUACACUGUAAAAUAAAGUGUAAGCCAAAAAUAUAAUCUCUAUUAGGAUAUUAUAUUUGGCUAUAAUUGGUGAUGCCCAAGAAAUCAUGGUUCUCUCAAGCCAAUUAUGUUUGUCAUCCUAAACCAUAAUGACAUUUCCAUCAUAAAGAAAAUGUAUGUAUGUGUAUAU